GCCAUUUGGUUUAGUUAUCUGGGAGCGACCAUACUAACGUAGUCGUUCCAUAGCACGAUGCAAUCUAAAAAUACACGCGUUGAAAACAAAAAUAUGUCUGACAAAGACACGUGGGGCUACGUCGUUUGUUUUGGUACUAUCAUUACAUUCAUCGCUGGACUAGGCCACAUUAACUCAUUCGGUCUUAUUUUCAAAGAUUUUAUUGAAGAAACAAAUUCAUCAGCCAAAUCUUUAACAACUGCUCAUGGAGUGUUUGCUAUAAUGCUUGCAAUUGGAGGUUUACUUUUAAACGUCCUCUAUAAGAAAUAUCCAAUGAGAUACGGAGGAUUUAUUGGUGCCAUCUUAUUCAUACUCGGUGCUUCUUCGACAAUAUUCAUACAAGAUUCAAGCCAGUUAUCAUUAACCUUUGGUGUACUUCAAGGGAUUGGAUUUGGCAUGAUGGUAUCAGUGUGCUAUUCUACUUUAAACUACUAUUUUGUUACCAAAAGGACAACUGUUAUGAGUUCGAUAAAGGCUUUACAGGGAGUUAUUAUAAUGUGGUAUCCCCAGCUGUUAAAGAUAAUAUUAUAUGUUUAUGGAUUUAGAGGGACUUUGCUGAUACUAACAGGAGUAUCAUUACACAUGAUUCCAGGCAUGCUAACUAUGGUAACUGAAACAGAGAGCUUAAAGAACAAAAACCUAGCAAAGGACAGAGAUUUAGAAAUAUCUAACAAAGCUGAAACUGAAGAUCUAUUGGUGAAAAGAGAUAAAGACGGAUUGGAGACGAUUAAUAAAUUCAACCAAUUAAUCUGUGAGAUAUUAAAUGUCUUAAACGUAAAAGUUCUAAAGGACCUCGUUUACUGUAACAUUUGUUUGGGACAAAGUUUCGUUAACUUUUCCGAUCUGACUUUCUUUAUAUUUCAACCGAUGCUCUUGUUUCAAUAUGGUUUUGAUAAGAGCGAUGUAGCAACAUGCAUUUCAAUAGGAGCAGGUGCUGACGUCACGGGAAGAUUUGCUUUAGCUCUGUUUAGUGGUCUAUAUCCAGUCAACACAAGAAACUUGUACUACGUGGCGACAGUGUUCACAUUCGUUGCUAGAAUUGUUGUAUUGCAAGUUACACAAUUCGUAUGGGUCGCAAUUAUUACUGGCAUUCUUGGAGUAUUAAGAGCAUUUCUGCACGUUUCCAGCCCUCUUGUAAUUUCGAACCAUGUCUCAAGACAGGAGUUUCCUGGAGCCUACGCAUUGUUUAUGCUCACAGCUGGCGCUAUUAACCUACUUUUAUCUCCAUUUGUAGGUGCGCUGAAGGACUACUAUAAUAGCUACAUCCCAUCGUUUAUCGCUUUAUGUUUAUGUUGUUUACCAUGUAUAAUACUUUGGCCCUUAGAAUACAUUUUUUUAAAGAAAAUAGUCACUGCAGAUUGAAUUCAACACACACUUUCGUAAGUACAAGUAAAAAUUUGAAUGGUUAUUAUAAUAAAUCAAACACUGUUAAAUAAUAAUGAGAAGUUCUUGCAAAGUAAAUACGGCCGAUAUUAAUUAAGCAAAACGUUCUAUCUUCUUGACUGUUUUUAAGUUUGUGACUAUCAUUCGUACUGAUUAUUUUAAAGACUGAUAGACAUAAUACAGUAAAAUGGAUCACACUAACAACUAAUAGAAGCAUAUGAUGAUCCACAAAUCCAUCUAAAGGUUUCGGAUGUGUAUUUGCUUAGUGAAAUAAAUGAAAAUGUGAUAUUCAUUACAAUGUAUAAGAUUUAGGAAAUCUUUUAGAUAAAAAAUACCUGUGUCAAGGUUCCCAGUUGUCCCGUAACAAACUUAAUACUGAAUUCCAUAAUACAUUUACUUUUAAAAUUACAAUUUUGAAAUUUCUUAUUAAACGCGUAACACGCGUGAGUCAUUGUGUGGGUGCAUUUGAGUGAAUGAGUGAGUUUAAUGUGUAUGUUAAGUAAAUGUUCAUGUUUAAUCUCACUAGCAACUCCAACUUUGCAUAAGGUUUGUUCAGAAGCCAGUCCCUUAACAAUUAUUUCUAAAUGUGGACUGAGAGCGGGUAGAUGUUAACCUGCCUACUUAAUAUAUUGUAGAUGUAGUCAGUCUGCAUAUUGCGUCUGGCGAAGUCAGUCCUCAGCUACGACAUCCCUAAUUCUUUUUAAAGCAGCUUAAAACAAAAGGGAGAGCUCUGUGUGCUUUUAAAUCAUAUUUUGGACAAACAGCUUCCUAACGGAAAAUAAUUUUCUGAGAUUGUAAAACUCUUCGAUGGGAAUCAGUAUGUCUGAAAUAGCAUUUUUUUCUAAUAGAUAUAGCAUGUGAUAUGUAAAUUCUUGUAAUUAUUACAAUUGAUGCUACGUGUCGCAAAGAUUUAAAAAUUUGGGUUAAUUGUCAUGGACUCGAUAUGGGGAUACCACGUUUAAGUCACUCGUCUAUAUGAAUGCCCAAAUAUUUGUUGGAGGUAACUUUGGUAAUUGAGUAUUGACGUACAUGAGCAGUUAGUGACUCUUUGCAUAUCGCAAUUAUGUAUUUAACAUCUUUUAGUAGUUGAGUUCGAUUAAAAAUUCUGACAUA